UGCUGAAGAAACGCCGCAACCAUCAGCGGUAGAGGUGUCUAGAGCGAGCGGGAAGGAGGACAUCGUCCUGCAGGCUGUUCGGGCAACUUCGCCCUCGCAGGAGCAAGAUGUUAGGAGUGUUACCGUGCCGGGGAAUGGCAACGCAGAAACCUGGGAAGGAGAACAGACAAGGACGGAAAAUGGAGAGAGGGAGAGUCAGAGAGAUACCAUCCCCGUCAUGACACAUUGGGAGCUGCAGUUGACGUUCUUCUCACUGUCCAUGACUGGAUUUCUCUCCGCCCUGGAUAGCUCCAUCAUCGUUACUGCAAUGCCCACCAUCGCUUCUGAAUUUAACUCCCUCUCCCAGCAACAAUCGAUCGCCCUGGCCUAUCUCCUCACUUCCACCGUCUUCCAGCCUCUCUUCGGACGUGCGACAAACCUUUUCGGCUCGCGCAGCGUGCUCUUCACCAGUGUCUUCAUCUUCGAGCUCGGAAGUCUGCUUUGCGCUGUAGCACAGAACUUUGUCUGGCUGUGUUGUGCACGUGCGAUCGCGGGUAUUGGCAGCGUAGGACUCAACGUCACCAUCAUGGUCGCCGUUAGUCAGAUUGUGCCCAUCAAAGAGCGCGGGAGGUAUAUGGGGAUCAUCUAUGCCCGUCUGGUCGUCUCGACUGUCUUUGGUCCGCUCAUUGGGGGCGGACUCGUCCAAUGGAACUGGCGUUGGUGCUUCUACAUCAACUUGAUCCUGGCCGUCCCUGCAGUGGGCAUCCUCCUCGCCUACGCACGCAAGCUGCCGCACAACACCAAGCCAAAUGUUACCUGGCGGGACGUAGACAUUGGGGGCAUCGCCCUUGUAGCAGCAUUCACCGUCGCCCUGGCCCUGGGGUUCAAUUGGGGCGGAGUGGUGUAUGAAUGGAACAGCCCGCUAAUCAUCUCCCUCGUCGUCGUUGGCUUCGUGUUGGUGCCUACUUUUGUGUUUUGGGAAAUUAAGGUAGCACCAUUCCCGCUUAUUCCAAUGCACAUGUUCAAGUACAGGAAUGUCACAGCCGGCGUAGUGAACAACUUCUUCUCCAGCGUGUCACUCCAGGGUAUCUUCAUCUACCUACCGUCGUACUAUCAGAUCGUCCGCCACGAUGCACAGAUCAUUUCAGGGCUCGAUAUCCUUCCCUACGCAAUGCCCGUGUUGUUUGUAUCCACCGCCUGCGGCUGGGUGAUCUCCAAAACUGGACACGUACCUGGCUACCUCUGGCUGGGCGGAGCGAUCAACCUGGCCGGCAUAGGUCUCUUAACGCUCAUGAACGGCACACACCCUCGCUGGGUUGAAUAUGUCCUCCUCUUCCUCGCCGGUGUCGGAGCCGGUUUCCUCAUGCAGACAAUCACCAUCAGCGCGCAGAGCGAAGUUGGCAAGGACCUGAUUGCUACCGUUACGACUAUGACGCUGUGGAGUCGC